UGCUUUAUGACUAAUUUUCGACUGAUAAAUAGUCGGAAAAUUUCGACUAGCAUUCAGACUCGCUAUACGAUGUUAGCGGAAAUACCGAUUGAUUUCAUACUAAAAAAGAAAAAUCGACUAAAUUUAUUUCCACUGUUUAAAAUGUCGAAAAUUAGUCAAUAUAGAGGUAUUUUUUGUAGUGUCUUAGCUAAAUGGUGCAUUAGUAGAAUUGCAAUCUCAAUUGGAGCAAAUACAAAGUUCUCUAAAUAAAAAUCAUGUGUAUAAGCCUCACUUAAAUGUACUAUUUUCUUAGUCUAUCAUAUAAUUUAAAAAAACUUACCCCUAUAUUUUUAGAAUGCCAGUGUAAUGAAGUUUUCAACUUUCAUUGAAUAAAAUCCUAAAUUUUGAUUUCCUCUUAAUUUAGAAAACAAAUAUGUGAUUGUGAAAAAAAGUCGAGGAAAUCAGGGGGCGAGGGGUAAGGUAAGCACAAGGGCAAAUGAGUUUUUUGAUCACAUUUGAUUUGAUGCACCAACGUAAAACAAGACAAGACAAAAUCGUCGUAAGAUUAAAUUGCGAUUACUGGUUGGCUGGUGGUGCCUUUUAUCUCUCGUUUCACGUUGCAAUGGUUGAGAUAGAAGGCCCCACCGCCACCAGAAAAACCGAAGGCCGACGAGUCAUGGUUGUUGCCGAUCCUACUAGAGAGUCCGCAGGUGCCUUACAAUAUGCAUUAUCUCAUGCAAUACUAGAAAAGGACGAGUUAAUCCUAAUGCAUGUAGUGAGCCCUUGCCCUAGGAAAGGGGCAUUUGGGUUGCAUUCAUUAAGCUCAAUUUUUCGAAAGCAGAUUGAAACUUCCUCUAAUAACUCCGAGAGUCCUACAGAAGGCGGUGGUGGUGGGGGUGAUGGCGGAGUCAGUGGAGGUGGUUUAUUCGGUGAUGGCGGUGUAGGUAUUUUUGGUGGUGGCAUUGGCAUUUUUGGAUUGAAUGGAGUCAUGGAAGGUAAUGGAAAUGCAGAUUUCUUAAAAGUUAUGAAGAAGACAUGUCACAAAGCACGUCCAAAUAUGGACGUACGAGUGGAAAAAGUUGAACAAGGUUGCACGGACAAGGCUACUACCGUUCUUUCUCAAACUAAGUUGUUAGCUAUUGAUCUUUUAAUCAUUGGUCAACGUCGAAAUCUUCCAAAUAUCUUUUUAGGAGCUAAAAGAAAUGGAGGACUAUUUCUAGGAGCAUCAAAAGUAUUAGACACAGCAGAGUUUCUAAUUGAAAACAGUAUAUGCAAUUGUGUUGGAGUACAAAAGAAGAGCCAAAAUGCAGGUUAUCUUCUCAACACUCGGUCCCACAAGAAUUUCUGGCUGUUGGCAUAAUAUUAUUAAUGACUAAUAAUUCAACAACAAAAGCACACUCUCCGAAUUCGCCAACAUUUCUGUUUUAGAGGGGAGUAACUUUUGGUGUCACAAAAGGAUCCAAGCCUCAUUACAACACACCAGAGCUCCAUGAGACAAACCCAGCACAGAUGAUAUUAGUAGCAGUUCAUAAGAAUCAUACAUCAAUAAAUUAGAUGCAAAUAAGGCAGUGAUCAUAGUUACAAAGAUUCAUAGCAUAUUUUUUGCAGAACAUGAGAAAUUUGAUGUCACAUUGCAGUUUUGUUCAUGGAUUAGGGAUCUUUGUAUGCUUAUUGACAUCUAAGUUUAAUGAUGUAUUCAGAAUCAACAGAGAAAUAUUCUCAAUGGUAUAUAUGAUAA